AUGAAGUCUCCGGUGGCAAGCACGCUGGUCAGAGACUCAAAGCUUCUGCUAAAAAAAGAUGCGCUUUUUAGACCUUAUGUGUUGCCUUUUUUCCCUUUGUAUGCGACCUUUGCACACUUGUAUUUCAACGAGUAUGAAGUUUACAUCAAAGGGGGCGAGUGGACAUUCGUAUACCUCGGCGGGCUGUUGUCCUUGAAUAUUUUGGUUAUGCUACUUCCGCACUGGAAUGUCGACAUUGCCAGACGAUUCAACUAUUCGAGCUCAGCUUCCAUUGAACAGGCUACUCAUAUCCUAGUUCAAACCACUCCAAACAAUGGCGCCGAUGAUAUUGUUGAGAUUCAGCGUUUGAAUGAGGCUGGCCACUUGCAGGUUUUCUUUCAAUUCCAGAAGAAAAGGUUUUUGCUUGAUCAGGAAACAGGUGUUUUUUCUACUCCCAAGUUUCUUGUUGAUGAAGCACCCAAGCUUGAAGUGUUUCAGAACUGUAAGGGACACUCUGGCGAUCUAACACAUGCUCGGAGAGUAUAUGGAACAAACUCCUUCGACAUCCCAAUUCCAUCUUUCACGGAAUUAUUCAAGGAGCACGCGGUUGCACCUUUCUUUGUGUUCCAAAUAUUCUGUGUUUGUUUGUGGUUGUUAGAUGAUUUGUGGUACUACUCAUUGUUCAACUUGUUUAUGAUUGUUGCCAUGGAGGGCGCGAGCGUAUUCCAAAGGCUCUCCACCUUGAGAGAAUUCAGAACAAUGGGAGUGAAACCAUAUCCGAUCAAUGUGCUACGUGAUGGUAAGUGGAAGCUGCUGCAGACCACAGAGUUGCUACCCAUGGAUCUCGUUUCAAUUACCAGGACCGCUGAGGAUAGUGCUAUUCCUUGCGAUCUCAUCCUCAUUGAUGGAUCCUGUAUUGUAAAUGAAGCGAUGUUGUCCGGUGAGUCCACACCGCUGUUGAAAGAAUCCAUUAAGUUGAGGCCUCACGAUGAAAGUUUACAGGUUGAAGGACUCGAUAAGAAUGCAGUUUUACAUGGUGGUACCAAAGCUUUGCAGGUCAAUAAACCAGAACAUCACUCUGGUGUACCGGCUACUCCAGACAACGGUGCUGUGGCUGUUGUCACUAAGACGGGAUUCGAAACUUCUCAAGGGUCUUUGGUGCGUGUUAUGAUAUAUUCGGCGGAGCGUAUUUCUGUUGGCAACAAGGAGGCCCUAUACUUCAUUCUAUUUCUACUAGUAUUUGCCAUUGCUGCUUCCUGGUAUGUGUGGACGGAAGGUACGAAAAUGGGAAGAAUUCAGUCCAAACUUAUUGUUGAUUGUAUUUUGAUUAUCACCUCUGUUGUUCCUCCAGAGUUGCCAAUGGAGUUAACCAUGGCGGUUAACACAUCUCUAGCCGCUCUUUCGAAGUUCUAUGUUUACUGUACGGAGCCGUUCAGAAUUCCACUCGCAGGAAGAAUAGACGUUUGCUGUUUUGACAAAACGGGAACUUUGACUGGCGAAGAUCUUGUUUUUGAAGGGCUUGCAGGGAUCUCUGCAGAGGCCGACAAGUCUCAAUCGCUUUCAUCGGCGGGUGAGGCUCCACUGGAAACUACAUUGGCUAUCGGCGCUGCUCACGCUCUCGUUUUAUUGGAUGAUGGUGAAGUUGUUGGAGAUCCAAUGGAGAAGGCCACUUUACGGGCUUUUAAGUGGAAAGUUGGAAGUAAAGACACUGCUACGAAAGAGAACGUUGGCCAAGUUGAGAUUUUGCGCCGCUUUCAAUUUUCUUCUGCUCUAAAGAGGUCAUCCUCUGUCGCAAAGCACAAGGGCAAGACAUUUGUUGCUGUUAAAGGAGCCCCCGAAACGAUUCGUGAAAGACUCACCACUGUUCCAUCUAAUUACGAUCACAUCUACAAGCAUUUUACUCGUGCAGGCUCUAGAGUUCUAGCUCUAGCCUCCAAGGAAUUGUCCAACCUAUCUAACAAACAAAUUGAUAAUCUUGAUCGCAAAGAAAUGGAAUGUGGUUUAACCUUUAAGGGAUUUUUGGUUUUUCAAUGCCCUUUAAAAGAAGAUGCGACAGAGACUAUUAAAAUGUUGAAUGAAUCCUCUCAUCGUUGUGUAAUGAUCACUGGUGAUAACCCCUUAACUGCCGUUCACGUUGCUAAAGAGGUUGGAAUUGUUGAGAGGGAGUGCCUGAUAGUUGAUGAGCCUAUUGACGGAUCUGAACAUGCUUUAGUGCUGAGAAAUGUAAGUGAAACUGUUGUUAUCCCAUUUGACCCCACAUGUGACAAAUUUGAACACGCUGAGAUCUUCGCUAAGUACGACCUUGCUGUUACAGGACAUGCCUUGAAAGCUCUAGCCGGUCAUCAUCAGCUGGAAGAGCUGAUCCGUCAUACCUGGGUUUACGCUCGUGUGUCGCCUUCCCAAAAAGAAUUUAUUUUGAACUCUUUGAGAGACAUGGGAUACCAAACUUUAAUGUGUGGUGAUGGUACGAAUGAUGUCGGGGCUUUGAAGCAAGCUCAUGUAGGUAUCGCUCUACUGAAUGGAACUGAAGAGGGCUUGAAGAAAAUUGGCGAGCAACGCCGCAUUGACGCGGCGAAAGGUGUUUACGAGAAGCAGUGUCAAUUUAUGGAGAGAUGGAACCAACCAGCCCCUCCAGUGCCCGAGCCAAUUGCCCAUUUAUACCCUGCCGGCCCAUCCAACCCUCAUUACCUGAAGGCUCUCGAAAAGAAAGGUGUUCAGAUUACGGAUGAUAUGAGAAAGUUGGCAGCUGAAGCAGCUUCCAAACCGGUUGUUGCCAAGAAGUCUGCACGUCCUGAACAGAAGGCCAGUGAUUUGGCCGAUAUGGUUAUGGGUUCACUAGGUGAUGCUGAAAGUGAGGACGCACCUACCUUGAAAUUAGGUGAUGCUUCAUGUGCAGCCCCCUUUACUUCAAAGCUCACAAAUGUUUCUGCUGUCACGAAUAUUAUCAGACAAGGGCGUUGUGCAUUGAUAAACACUAUUCAAAUGUACAAAAUUCUAGCCUUGAACUGUUUGAUUAGUGCUUAUUCUCUCUCGGUUAUUUAUUUGGCGGGCGUGAAAUUUGGCGACAGUCAAGCCACGACCUCAGGUCUCUUAUUGUCGGUUUGUUUUCUCAGUAUUUCUCGCGGAAAACCUUUGGAGAAAUUGUCAAAGCUCAGACCGCAGCCUGGUAUUUUCAACAUUUAUAUUAUGGGAUCAAUUUUGGGUCAGUUUGCGGUUCACAUUGCCACUUUGAUUUAUAUCACUCUCGAAAUUUACAAGAUCGAACCUAGAGAACCUCAAGUCGAUUUAGAAAAGACUUUCAGUCCUUCGUUGUUGAACACGGGUAUUUUCAUGAUUCAGCUAACUCAACAGGUGUCCACGUUUGCGGUGAACUAUCAAGGUGAGCCUUUCAGAGAGAGCAUUAAAAGCAAUAAAGGAAUGUACUACGGUCUUCUAGGAGUCGGUGGCCUUGCCUUGGCAGGUGCAACUGAGUUCUCUCCUGAACUGAACGCGGCAAUGAAAUUUGUGCCCAUGGAUGAUAUCUUCAAAAUCAAGCUUACGGUCACGCUACUUGUGGACUUUUUUGGAAGUUGGGCCGUCGAAUUGGUGUUUAAGCAUUUUUUCAUGGAUUCUAAGGCCGCUGAUAUUGCGCAACGUAGUUCUACAUAA